AAUAUUUUAGAAAAUGUCUAUAAUUGAAGCGAUUGAUAAAAAGUCGGUUCACCAAAUUUGUUCGGGUCAAGUUAUCGUAGAUUUGCCGACGGCUGUUAAGGAACUUGUGGAGAAUAGUUUGGAUGCUGGGGCUACUAAUGUGGAAAUCCGAUUAAAAUCGUUUGGAUUGUUGUCGAUUGAGGUAAUCGACGACGGGCAUGGGGUCGAGGAACGGAACUUUCAUGGAUUGACGAUGAAACACCACACUUCGAAACUAACGAACUUUACCGAUCUCCGAUUGGUUGAAACUUUUGGUUUCCGUGGAGAAGCGUUGAGUUCAUUGUGUGCCGUGUGUGAUGUCAUAAUAUGCACAAAACAUAACAAUGCCAGUUCUGGCCACCGAAUGUCGUUUAACCACGAAGGUCACAUGACCUCCAAAACACCUUGUGCUCGACGAAUCGGAACAUCUGUGAUUUUACGAAACAUUUUUUCAACCAUUCCUGUACGACGAAAAGAAUUUAUGAAAAAUAUUAAAAAGGAAUAUUCAAAACUUUUAAACCUCGUAAGCGCUUAUUGCGUCGUUUCAACGAGGGUGAAAAUAACUUGCAGUAAUGAGACCGAUGGAGGAAAGAAGACAACCUCGUUGUCAACAGGAGGCGCCACAACCAUGGAGGAAAAUAUUAUUUCUAUUUUUGGGUCGAAACAAUUUCGUAAUUUACAAGAAUUCCGACAAGAUAUCCCAACACAAGAGUCAUGUGACACAUACAACGUUAGUGUGGCUUCCGAUUGGUCAAUAUUUAAACUCCACGGGUUUGUAUCGGUGCCACGGCACGGAGCCGGACGAUCGUCUCCUGACAGACAAUUCUUCUUCGUUAAUUCUCGACCAAUCACGUUGCCGCGUUUGUCCAAGAUUGUAAACGAGGUUUAUCAUAGAUUCAACAGACACCAGUUCCCGUUCAUAGCGAUAAACAUAACGACCCGUCAUGACUUAGUCGACGUCAACGUAACACCGGAUAAACGGAAAGUUUUCUUUCAAAACGAGAACUUAUUGUUUGCCAUUAUGACAUCAUCGAUGACACAACUUUAUUCGCUCGACGGUUGCCAUGAGGUUGGCUCCACUGAGUGUUCAAUAAGUUUGCCGUGCAGAUCUCCAAGCGUCACGGAAACUUCUCAAACUUUUUCUCCAUUGUCCUCGUUCCGAAGAACAAUGGGUGAUGAUGUCAUCAAUAGUGACAUCACAAAGCCUCGGAAACGAUCGGCAAGUUUUGCGACAAAAGUUGCAAAACAACCACGACUAGACAAAUUUGUGAUGACUCAGCAUAAAGUGACAUCACAAUGUUGGCCAGUGUUGCCAGACCAAAACAAUGAACGACCAGUGUUGCCAGAUCAAAGUAAUGGACAACCAGUGUUGCCAGAUCAAAAUAAUGGACGACCAGUGUUGCCAGAUCAAAGUAAUAGACAACCAGUGUUGCCAGAUCAAAAUAAUGAACGACCAGUGUUGCCAGAUCAAAGUAAUGGACAACCAGUGUUGCCAGAUCAAAAUAAUGGACGACCAGUGUUGCCAGAUAAAAGUAAUGGACAACCAGUGUUGCCAGAUCAAAAUAAUGGACGACCAGUGUUGCCAGAUCAUAAUAAUGGACAACCAGUGUUGCCAGAUCAAAAUAAUGGACAACCAGUGUUGCCAGAUGCAAAACAUCCCUCCAACAUAGGUGAUUCCCACGUUGUGGACACACCUCGGCUAUCGCAAACGUCCGAAACUUCGCUGAAAUUUUCAUUUAAACAUUUGAUGGAAUUUUACAAAGAAAAAAAAAAACCCUCGCAACCCCCGACAGAAUAUUCCUUGUUUCGUGCCAACCUUGCCGACACCACAACUGCUGAAGCGGAACUGACAAAGAAUCUCGAUAAAUCGUCGUUCCAGCAGAUGGCGCCGGUGGGUCAAUUCAACCUCGGGUUCGUUAUCGGUCGUCACGGAAACGAUUUGUUUAUUAUCGACCAGCACGCCUCUGAUGAAAUAUACAACUAUGAAACCUUACAAGCCACACAAACCCUACAAACACAAAAUCUUGUUGUACCGCUGAAACUACAACUCACGCCUGCUGGCAAAAUUGUUUUGAUCGAAAAUCUUGAAAUUUUUCGCAAGAAUGGAUUUGGAUUUAAGAUUAGUUCAGAUGAAGCUACCAUCCACCUUACAACCAUACCCACCCAUAACCCCCACCCCCUCGGACCGCCCGAUAUCGAUGAAAUGAUAUUUAUGCUCUCUGAUGCCCCCGGUGUCAUGUGUCGUCCAACAAGGGUUCGCCGAAUCUUCGCCACACGAGCGUGUCGAAUGUCCACAAUGAUAGGCACCUCGUUAACGAAGCGACAAAUGUUACGGUUGAUUCGUCACAUGUCCGAGAUCGUUCAUCCGUGGAAUUGUCCGCAUGGUCGCCCAACCAUGCGGCAUCUUAUCGAUAUCGGGAAACUUAGACAAUAAAGUUUUAUUAUCUAACAAUUAAACCAUUGUUUUGAAACAAUCGAGUUAUUAUUGUUAUUGUUCUAUCUUUGAAUGUAUAUUUUAUUUUGCUUUUCUUAUUUUUCCAGAUUUAGGUUUUUAUAAUAUUUCUAUUUAAUGAUGUCAUCGCAUCGUCAAUAUGAUGACGAGCCACACGAGGCAGUAGCGAGCAUGGGGAGAAAAGUUUGUCGGGUUUGCGACGAUUUUAAAAGUUGGA